GUCCGCUAAUUUUGAACUGAAGAUAUCAAUUUUUUGAUUAUAUUUUGGAAAAUACGGCAACACGGUAGACUAUAUCAGAUACUCCAAGAUGGAACCUAGAGAUGAUUGUGUCACUGUUGGGACGUAUAUCUUCCGGGGAGUUGAAUAUGUUGUCACAAUGAAUGUCACCAAUGGGAACUCUCUAAUUGUGGAGGUAGAAGACAGACUGGCAGCUGACCAAUGGAGAGGAACAUUUGAUGCUGCAUACAUAGAGGACUUAACUCACAAGACGGGAAAUUUCAAGCAGUUUCCAAUUUUUAUCAACAUGUUGGAAUCUGCAGUGACCCAGACAUCUGACUCUGUGUCAUUAGACCUUUUAACCUACGCUGACCUUGAAUCACUACGCAGCAAGAAACCUGGGGUGACAUCUAAAGUUCAAGCAGGCAAAACACAGGCGCUCAACACUAAACGCUACCUCAUACUCACAUAUUCUGUAGAAUUUGAUAGGAUACACUAUCCAUUGCCUUUACCAUAUAUGGGAAAGCCAGACCCCAAAUCCUUACAGGAGACAAUAAGAGAUUUGAGAGCAGAAAUCAAAUCCCUAAAGCAGCACAGUAGUAGUGACUACAGAUUACGAGAACUGGAUAAAUAUAGGAAAGACUAUGAGUUGGUGCUACAAGAAAAAGAAGACCUGGAGGCGGAUUUUUUAAAGUUCCGUCGUGAGCUGAAAAACACAACUACAGGAAAUGCCGCUAAAGAAAUAAGAAUUUUAAAAAAUGUGAUCAAGAAUUUGGAAGAAGACUUGCUAAAGGAGAAGACUAAACACCAGCGAUCCAGCAGUAAAAGAAGCCAGGAAUACAGGAGUUUAUUAGAAGAGGUAGAAGAAUUACGAGCUGCUGAAAGAAACUUGCGUGUACGAGUGAAGAGUCUUACAAAUGAACUUGCUCUUUAUAAAAGGCGUGGUCCUCGAACUCCAAUCACUGGCAGCCAACAGCAUGCAUCUCGGCCCAGGGAGCGCUCACUUUCACAAGAUAGGCCCCAAUCUAGAGAGAGAUCUUGGUCCAGGGACAGAAGUAGAUUGUAUAACAGAGACGGGUCUGGGUCUAGAGAGAGGCGUGGAUUAACAGACAGCCAAGAGAGACGUGGGAGAAUGUAUGGUUCAGGUGAUAGAUUGGGAUCUCAACCACUCUCAGGAUCAAGAGAAAGAACAAGCUCUCAGAAUAGAAGGUUUAGGGAGAGAUCUGGUUCAAGGGACCGACUAUCAUUUGGUGACAGGCGACCCUCACCCCGCCCAUCGCCUGCAUUGUCGGCAGCAGGAGCACGCAAUCCUCGGUUUGACCCUACAGCUUUUAUCAGGGAAAAAGAAAGGAAAAGAAAGGAAAGUGAACUUAAAAGUAAACGUAAUACCAGAUACAGAUUAAGUGGCAGCACUGAGAAAAAGCAAAGAACUGCAUAUGGUCGCAAGCGUACAUCUUCAAUAGAAAGUGCCCAGAGUUUGCAUUCCUCACAAGAAUCUCUAACAGACAUUGGGGUCCUAUCGGACGCCUCUGAGAAACGCUUGAGGGACAUCAAUGGUAUCACAAAGACUGGGAGAAGGUCCACCUCUACAUACUGGGACAGUCCCAACAUACCAAUCAAAAACAGAGGAAAUGCUAGAUCAAAAUUAUAUUCCAGUACUCCUGAUUCUAUAAAACCAAAUAGGAAAACCAGGCAUUCAUCUAGAGAUAAAGAGAACUAUCCAUCAGAUGUACCUGAUAGUGAUUUCUUUGACCGCUCCAAUGAGAUGACUGAGAUAGAUGCACGACUGAAUAGACUACAACAAUUCAUGAAGACAAAUAUGCCAACUUGAUAUCAUACAGGGACCACACUGUCAGUUCAAAAUGUCAGUUAUUGUGAAAUAACUUAACUUACCCCCUACUGCACUGCUUAAAGCUAGGGGCACUAUUAUUUCAACAUUAUGGAAAUUCCAGUGCCCUUUUCUGUGUUUUAUAGAAGGGCCUCUUUGAAAUUAACUUUGCAUAAAAAACAUUGAUAUGUUCCCUAUCCUUUUACUCAGGAUGUGACUCCAUAUAUGGUUACAAUAAUGCCUAAGGCAGUAAGGAGAUGAUUAUGUCCAUAUAUGGUAGCAA